UAUAUUUCCUCCUAUACUUGCUCUCUCUACACUACGAUGAAUGGGUACAGAGAACACAAUUCAUGCUGCUAUUUCCAUCCUAAACAAUUUGUUAUAGGUGUUUGCCCUUUGUGCUUGAACGAGAGGCUUCUUAUCUUAGCUUCAAACCGAGCCCAACGCUCUUCUUCAUCCACCAGAGGCACCCAUAGAUUUAUUCGAGGUGCUUCAUUAAAGAAACCUCCCAUUAACCUCCCCAAGAUCUUUGCUUUAGGUUCACUGCUGAAUCGUCUUGAGCUCAAGCACCUCGAAUCCCAACAUUCUGAUGCUUCACCCAAUCAAGAAGAUUCCUUUAUCUCAAUCAAGUUUGAAAAGAAUGGUUUUGGUUCAUGGGAAAAAGGCACAGUUUCUAAGGUCUCUCUUGAGCAUUGCAACAUGUUAUCAUGUAACCCAAUCUUGACCAAGGAGACCAAUAAGAGCGUGACAGAGCAUGCAAAACCACGAGCCUCGCUUAUGUGGCAGAAGAGGAUUGACCACUUGGUCCAACUCAUAAGGUGGAAGAGGUCCAGAAAGGUAGAAGGAUAAGAACUCUGACAGAGUGGACCAAAGAAUAAAGACAUACUUUUGUAUAGAAAGGGUCACUAAAGCUUUCCUUUUCCUCCUCCAUACCAAUUUGUGUGUGUUGGGGCUCUCGUAUACUUUUAUCAUCCUAAAGUGCUUUGGCUUAAAGUUCAUUGGCUGCUUCUAUUAUUCUAUUAUUCUAUUCUUGUUUUCUGUUCAACAAAACCAACUGUAAAAGGAUUUGUUUACAAUGUGGUACUCAUUUCAGAUUGAUUUAGACACAGGCACAUUCCUUACACAAAAA